AAUGAAGUUUAGUCCGAUCUCUUCUUACCGAUUGGCCAGAGGCAAUGGCGUCUGCCGUUCUCCGACGCGUCCGCUUGUCGGGAUCCCUUCAUGCCGGCGCUGCUGCUGCCAGACGAUUCCAAAUUCCGCUCUUCGCCUUCCUCCAGCCCCAAGCUCCUAAUAGCCGCUUGUCUCGAGAACAUAGCUCCUUACUUCCCUUCUUCGUCUCUUCUUUCUGUUCUACUGCAAAUAAGCCGACUUCCGAUUUUGAUCUCCUUCGUGUCAUUGACGCGGAGAUUAAGUGUGCCGAUGACUGCGAUGACCACGAUAGGGUGGAAGAAAUACCUGAAGACUUCCCAUUCGAAAUUCAAAACGAAAAAGGUAAGAGUACCGUCACCCUCGAAAGAAGCUACAAUGGGGAGAAAAUUGAAGUUCUGGUUUCUAUGCCGAGCCUUGUGACUGGAGAGGAGCCUGAACACGAUAGGAGGGCUGGUCAUAAUGAUGAGGAUGGAAAUAGGGAAAGGCCAAACCAAUCUAGCAUUCCAUUGAUCAUAAAUGCAAGGAAGAAUGGAGGGCAAGGUUUGGAGUUCUGCUGCACUGCUUAUCCGGAUGAGCUUGUAAUCGACAGCAUGUCUUUUAAAGAGACCAAAGAUUCUGACGAGGAAAUGCUUGCCUAUCAAGGACCUGAUUUCAGUGAUUUGGAGGAGAACCUUCAGAAGUCCUUCUACAAGUAUUUGGAGCUUAGAGGAAUCUCAGCUCUGACUACCAACUUCUUGCACGAGUAUAUGAUAAACAAAGAUAGCCGUGAGUACUUGCUUUGGCUAAAGGAUUUGAAGAAGCUUAUCGAGAAAUAAUAUGAAUU